GAGGGCGGACGACACUCCCCUUCCACACACUAUAAGGGCUGCCGCCCCGGAUCUCCAGGAGCCGCACCCCUGGGAGCCCAAGCAGCUGUCCAGACGCGCCUCCCUCGCUGAGCUUGGACUUGCCAGCAGCACAGUGCGGGCGGGUUCUCUUUUCUGCUGCCUCGGAGAAGGAAAGGAGGCCAAACAGUAAGAAGUGAGCUCAGCACCAGACACAGAGUUCAGUAUGGAGCAACUGAGCACCGCGAACACCCGUUUCACCUUGGACCUGUUCCUCGCUCUGAGUGAAAACAACCCGACGGGAAACAUCUUCAUCUCUCCCUUCAGCAUUUCAUCUGCCUUGGCCAUGGUUCUUUUGGGCAGCAGAGGCAACACUGCAGCACAGCUCUCCAAGACUUUUCAUUUUGAUGAAGUUGAGGAUAUUCAUUCAAGAUUUCAAGAUCUGAAUGGUGUGAUUAAUAAACAUGGAGCCCCCUAUAUUCUGAAGCUUGCUAACAGAUUAUAUGGAGAGAAAACAUAUAACUUCCUCCCGGAGUUCUUGGCUUCAACUCAGAAAAUGUAUGGUGCUGAGUUGGCCAGUGUGGAUUUUCAGCAUGCCUCUGAGGAGGCAAGGAAAGUGAUAAAUCAGUGGGUCAAAGGGCAGACAGAAGAGAAAAUUCCAGAACUACUGGCUGCAGGUAUGGUUGAUAACAUGACGAAACUUGUGCUAGUGAAUGCCAUCUACUUCAAGGGAAACUGGCAGGAGAAAUUCAUGAAAGAAGACACAACCAAUGCACCGUUCAGACUGACUAAGAAAGACACGAAAACAGUGAAGAUGAUGUAUCAGAAGAAAAAGUUUCCAUUUGGCUACAUCCAGGACCUGAAGUGCCGGGUGCUGGAGCUGCCUUACCAGGGCAAGGAGCUCAGCAUGGUCAUUCUGCUGCCUGACGACAUUGAGGAUGAGUCCACAGGUCUGAAGAAGAUUGAGAAGCAAUUGACUCUGGAAAAAUUGCAUGAAUGGACUAGACCUGAGAAUCUGGGAAAGACUGAGGUCAAUGUCAAAUUGCCCAGAUUCAAACUGGAAGAAACCUAUGUUCUCAACCCCCACCUAGCCCGCUUGGGAGUGGAGGAUCUCUUUAGCAGUAGCAAGGCUGAUCUGUCCGGCAUGUCAGGAGCUAGAGAUCUUUUCAUAUCAAACAUUGUUCACAAAUCCUUUGUGGAAGUGAAUGAAGAGGGUACAGAGGCAGCAGCUGCCACCGCAGGCAUUGCCACCUUCUGCAUGUUGAUGCACGAGGAAGACUUCACUGCUGACCAUCCAUUCCUUUUCUUUAUCCGGCACAACCCCACAGCUAACAUCCUGUUCCUUGGCAGAUAUUCUUCCCCUUAGAAGAAAGAGUCUCUGGAGGUCAAGGUCAAACUUAGAGCUUUAUUUGCUGAGCAUUUAGUACUCAUGAUUGUCACUUAUUUUUACCAAUAAAAUUACUAUCCAGAAAUGA